UUGGCGGGCCUUUUUGGACUCUUACUAUCUUUACUUCUUUCACUUUUCCCAAUUAUUUUCCCUCUCUAGGGUUUUAAACGAAAGGGUUUUCUUUUCAAGGAAGACAACAAUGCCAUUCCCUUUCGCAACUCCACAACCCCAACAACCUCAGCCAUUGUUUCAACCCCAACAACAGCAACAACCUUUCCAGCAAAGCAGCCGAUUUUUUCAACCCCAACAACAGGAACAGCAACAGCAACAGCAACAGCAGCAACCACAGUUACAGUUUCCACUACAACAGCAACAACAACAACAAAAGCAACAUCAACAGCAACAGCAGCUUUUUCUUUUUACUAAUGACAAGACUCCUGCUAAGUAUGGCACCAAAUGGGCUGAUCUGCACGCUGAUUCUCAAAAAUUUCUGCUUCAAAUUGAGGAAAGGAUAUUUGAGUACCGGGAUGAGAGCCAAAGGUUAGACCAGUGUAGUCGCCUUUAUGAUUCUUCGGUUUCCAAUGAAGGGUUUGAGCUUGAUGCCAGUUGCAUUGUUCAGGAACUUGGAGGAAUCACUACUUCCAUGGAGCGGCAGAAAGCUUUGCUGCAGGAGCUGAUGGCUACUGUGAAAGAUCUGUUAAGGAACACAGAGGUUGCUGUUCAUUCUUUCAUGAUGCUUUGUCCCCGGUUCCUUCAUUCAAACACAGGGGGUGCUGCAAAUGCCACUGCACCAUCCCAGGCUCCAGGGGCAACAACAAUACCAGGUUCUAGUGCUCAACCAACUGCUGCAUCUAUGAUACAAGUUUUUGACUUUUACCAUGGGCUUCCAAAGAAGCCAUCUCCAUUUCUACAGCAUACAGUUGCUAGAUUUGAGAAGUAUUUGGGUGAGUGCCAUCAGUGGAUUGAAGAGUUAGAGCAACUGCUCCUUUUGAAGUGUGACAGAAACUCUGUUAAUCAUGCAUCCUCAUUGUUGCAAUCUCUUCCAAAAGUCAUGUCCAAUGUGCAUGACUUUUUUGUUCAUGUGGCUGCCAAGGUGGAGAGCAUUCAUCAAUAUAUUGAAUCAAUGAAAACAGCAUAUCUUGCUGAUCAGCGCGUGAGAGGAGAUGUUAAUGAUCCUUUUCUUGAGGCUGAUCGGAGAGAAACUGCUAAGCAAGAAGCUGCUGCUAAGAGGGUACAUCCAACCUUGCAUUUACCUGCAAAUUCACAACCAUCAACUCAGGUUGCUGGGUUGUUUGCCAGCUCAGCAAGUCCUGCAGCUGCCUCUGCCCCACAGACAUCUGCGGCAACAUCAUCAGCAUCUUCCGGAGGUGGAUUAUCUCUUUUUAGUACACCAUCUUCUACUCCUGCUUCUUCCAUGUCAUCUUCCCUGUUUGCAACUCCAACCACAGGUGCUUCCAUCCAAACAUCCCUUUUCAGUUCCUCAUCAGGAUCUCUCUUAGGAUCUGCAUCCACUCCCUCUCUGUUUUCUAGUACCACCCCAGCCUUUGGCUCCACUGCAUCUGCUGGAGGUUCGCUUUUUUCAACACCAUUUGCUGCUGGUGCUGCAACGGGGUCUGGUGCUAGCUUUGGCACUGCAUCUAAAUCAUCGAGGCCGAAGUCUAGAACUGCCCGGCGUUAGUCAUGGUAGCUUGAAUGUGGAAAUGCUGAAGCAACUCUCUGUCUACUUAAAUGAUCCUUUGUGCAUAAAGGGAGCCGCACAUAUCCUUUUGACAGUGUCUCUGCCCAUUAUAUAGCUUUAAUUGCAGUGUGUUUAGCUCUGGAGUAGAAGAAUCCUUGUAGUUUUGUUGGUGAUAUCCAGGGAAACAAGAUGUUAGCUAAACAUCCUAAUCCCAUUUUUUCUUUUCAGCAUUGAUAAAGAUGCUACAAGAUCCUUAUUACUGUAACAUUUUUGAACACAUUGUGUAGGAUUUUUUUUUUUUCUGAGAGAAAUAAGAUAGGAAAAUCAUAAUUCUUGUUUGAAGAUAUAAAAGCAUUUUGGGUAAACUUCUGAUUGUCACUCACUUGGAAUUUCAUUUUGGAUGCUUCUACGUAUGCUUUUGCUGUAUAUAUAUGGGAUUAUAUUUUAUAUUUUCUGCUAGGCGUUUUGUCGAAUACUCUCUUGGCGUCCAAACGGGAAGUUGCAUCUCGAGUACAUGGAUACAAGGUUGUUGUGGAGAAAUGGGCAAGGAAUGGAGGGAUGAUGGGGAGGUGGUCAGGAGAAGACCAUUGAUGUUAAUCAAAAACCCGUAGCCUCAUCUUAAAAAAAAAGAUUAUAAAUUCCGUUGACUGAAACUUCCGGUCAAAAAUCAUCACAAAAGAAAACAAAAACGUCUCCAUCUUGGUUCAAUGGUUCUGAAUUCUUCCGUCUUGGCCGUCUGAUCAACGAUUCUCUCCACCCUUUCACCGUACGUUCCAUUCUUCUCCAAUUUUUUGUAUCUACCCUUUAUUUUCUUUUUUUUAAUCUUCACUAGCUUUGUUUUCUGUUCCCUUUACAACGCCUGUAUCUCUUUCAGCAAAGAAGAGAAAAAUCACAUAAAUUCUUGAAUUUCUGUUUCAGAUAGCUUUAUUAACUCUCCCGAGCCCAUACAUUCAACCUUUAGCUGGCAACUCUCUUGUAACCCUCUCUGAAUUCGUAGCCUCAUCUGUAUGUUAGUCAAAUUUACUGAUUUUAUUUAAAAUUUUAAAGCUUGCUUUUCUUUUUUAAUGAAUUUUGUUGUUAUUGCAGGCUAAAAGCUGGGAAUGCAUUGUCCCUGCGCUCUGUAUUUGCUUCAAACACUCAAUCUCAAACAUAUCUUUAUGUUCUUUUCAACCUUCAAUAACUGGCGUUGAAGGUUCACAUUCUGAUUUAACGAGUCUUGUUGUUUUAUUUAAGCCUAAGUUGAAAAAUGCUAGCAUGUUUACGGUAGCUGGAACUAUUUAAAUAUCAAGAAAUAUACUUGAAUUUUUGAAGGAAGAGUGUGAUGAUGAGCUUGUUCAAGUGUUUUUGAAUUCGAUAAGUUUUUGUAUUUUGAAUGUGCCUUGGGAUUCAAUGAAUGGGAUCUUGGGUGGAAAUGGUGGUGAAGAGGGUGACCUGAGGACUGUGUUCUUAGGGAAUUUUAUUCAGUUUCUAUGUUCAUUGGUUGAGCAAUAUAGUUUUGUGGAAGGGUUAGAUGAUUCCCUGGACAAGCAUAUGAUUCCUUUGAAAAUUAUCGACAUUGUGCCUAAACUUCUAUAUCGGUUCCUUGGCAAGAAAGGCGAGUGUGUCUACAUGACCAUCUCGCGGUACUUCAGACACAAGUUAUUGGUAUGGAAAUGCAGAUGUUUAGCUACUACUCGGAUCUGUUUUACUUUUACAUGUAAACGCUCUAAUUAUAUGAACUUAAACAAAAUUUGCAGGUUCUGAUGAUCAGGCUUAGUUUCCAAAUACCACUAGAUUGUUUGGUUCUUGUUUCCUGGUUGCAGCUUCUCCAUGAUUACUUUCAAGAGCUUUUAUGCUGACCUUUAACUGAAAUCGAGGAUCAAGAUGAAUGUCUAUAAGAUUCUCCUUUUAUGUUAAGUAUUUCUGACGGAGAGGUACACGGCAUGGACUCUCGUUAUUUACAAAGACAAACCAUUUUUAUUUUCUUGAGGUGUUCCCUCAGUUUGAUAAAUCCAAGAAAAGACACUGGCAAGAUUUGUACUAGUGCAACUGUGAAGUCAUGCUUGGCUUUUGACGUAAUUUCAGAUCU